AUGGCUUGGAUACUGAAAAGCCUCUCUUUAAUUUCGUUCGCUGCGUUUGCAGUGGCGCUACAGACGCACACUCAUGAUGAAUCUUUUAUACCAGAUGCAGUUCUCACUGUCACUCAAGGAAACAUAGGAAUUGGAGGCCUCGAACGGUAUUCAACCCUCGUGAAUGGAUCUGUACCAGGUCCAACACUCUAUCUUCCUGAAGACAAAAUUUUUUGGAUCCGAGUUUACAACAAUAUGAAAGACGAAAAUCUUACAAUCCACUGGCACGGACUUUCUCAAGCAGCUUACCCAUUCUCUGAUGGAACACCGCUUGCCAGCCAGUGGCCCAUCCCGCCCCUACACUUCUUCGACUACGAGCUCAAAGCUCCAAACGGAUCAGCUGGUACCUAUUUUUAUCACUCACAUGUCGGCUUUCAACCAAGCACUGCGACGGGAGCCAUUAUCGUACAGGAUCCUCAGUCACCGCCCUACGAAACAGACGGCGAGAGAAUCGUUUUCCUUCAAGAAUUUUGGAACCAAACGGACCAACAGGUUGUCAAAGGAUUGGAGUCUAACCCUCUCGUUUGGACUGGAGAGCCCAACGGAUGGCUGAUCAACGGGAAAGGCAUAAGCAAUUAUGGCAUCGUUGACCCGUCUUCUGCAGCUCUUAGUGUCAUUGAGGUUGAUCCAGGGAAGACCUAUCGAUUUCGAUUUGUUGCGGCAACCGCAUUGUCACUUGCUCUAUUUGGGUUCCAAGAUCAUACUGAGCUUGAUAUUAUUGCCGCGGACGGGGGUUAUACCAAACCUCAAAAUGUGAGCGUCCUGCAGAUGGGCUCAGGGCAGAGAUACGAUGCAUUACUCAAAACCAAGUCAUGUGAUGAACUUAGGAAGCUGGGCAAGCUUGACUAUUACGUUCAGUUGGAAAGUCGCGAUAGAACCGCUGUGGUAACAAACUACGCGAUCCUUCGGUAUUCUAACCAAUGUGGGCUUCUGGGCAUAAAUAGGCUUCCCACGCAUAAGAAUCCCAAGACUUCUCCCAUCAAGCUUCCACCAACGGUUAAUGGCUACCUCGACUACCAACUACAGCCGCUUCAAGUCGAAGACGAUUUUCCAUCAUCGUCCGAAGUCACUCGGCGCGUCAUGAUCAACAUUCAACAAGUUGCAAAUGGCUAUUUCCUGUGGUCACUCAAUAACAACACCUGGACUGAAGAUGGAUCUGAUCCCGUGCCUCAUACAACCCCAUCAGAGCCAUACUUGGUUGCUCUUUACGAAAACCAAACUCAAUAUUUGCCAAACUACGAAGCUGCCUUAGCCAACAAUGGACUGGACCCUCAAACAAAAACCUACCCUGCUCUCCUCGGAGAAGUCAUUGAUAUCGUUUUUCAGCAAUACGGUGCAGCCGAGUCUGUGAAUCCCAAUAUUGGCGGGUCACUCGAUACCCAUCCCUGGCAUGCUCAUGGCUCUCACUACUGGGAUAUCGGCGGCGGAGAUGGAGCAUGGGACGCCGAUACAAUGGAGAAGCAGCUGGCGGGGACGACGCCCGUCCGUCGGGAUACGACCAUGCUCUAUCGAUACACUACAACGACAGCUCCAGACCAGAAGCAGGGAUGGCGAGCGUGGAGGCUUCGCGUGGAUCAGCCUGGUGUAUGGAUGGUUCACUGCCACCUUAUACACCAUAUGAUUCAAGGCAUGCAGACAGUUUGGGUGCAUGGCAACGCAGAGGAUAUCAUGAAGUUGGGUGAGCUAGAUGUGGAAGGCUAUCUAACGUACGGUGGAAAUGUAAAUGGCAAUAUCACAUAUGCGCCAGAAGUUAUACAUUUUAAUGAACUAGAUUAG